AUGUCUUCGAAAAAUCUCAUUUCUACAAGCUUAAAAGAACAAAGUGAAUAUGCGAAAUCAGUAUUUCGCGAUAACUUGAAAGGUCUAGACGCUUUUGCUAGACAUAAAAAGUUCAUUAAUGACUAUGUAAGAUUCUACGGCGGAAAACGUAGAGAAGCUACAACACUCGAUUCCACCGAAACGAAGACAGAGUUUGAUAUUUUAAAAGAGAACCACAAAUUUCUUCGAUCGGAAGCUGAAGAUGAACAAGAAUUAACAUGGGAACAACGCGUCGCGAAAAAGUAUUAUGACAAGUUGUUUAAAGAAUAUUGUAUUGUCGAAUUGAAAUAUUAUAAAGAAGGAAAAAUUGCUCUACGGUGGCGGAUUGAGAAAGAACUAAUGUCUGGUAAAGGUCAAUUUGAAUGCGCGUCAACACGUUGUUCGGAAAAAAGUGGUUUGAAAUCAUGGGAGGUUAAUUUCGCGUAUAUGGAAGAUGGAGAAAAAAAAAACGCAUUAGUUAAAAUUCGGUUAUGUCCAAACUGUUCCGAAAAACUCAACUACAGGAACAAGUAUAAAGCGUCAUCCAAAGUGACACGAGAGCCAAUGAUUAAAGAAGAGGAGGAUGCGCAGAAGGAAGAAAGGAAAAAGACUAAACGCGAUAAAAAGCAUCGUAAAAGACAUUAUUCGGAGAGUGAAGAAGAGAGUAGUAGCGAUGAAAAUGAAUCGCAAGAUGAACAAAAUGGUUCAUCAAGAAAAAAACUCAAAUUGGAAGGGAAAAGAAGUCGCAAAGAAAUUCAUCAUAAACGUGACAAGAGCCAUUCACAAAAGAGUGGCACAAGUGUGCAAAAGAGAUCAUCAUCUUCUUCUUCUCAUGAUAAAAGUUCUGAAGAUGAUGAAUUUUUCGCUGGAUUGUUUAAUUAA